AUGAUAAUAAAACGGCAUCUGAUAAACUACUAUUAUCUAAUUAAUAAUAACAAUAAUGGUUAUUUUUUGUUUGGGCAGAAUGUAAGAAAUGUAAGGAAUUGUAAAAAUUAUGGGAACGCAUUAUAUUAUAAUAAUGUUGGAAUAAAUAAUAUACACACUUAUAAGAAAUAUUCUCCGUCAGGAGGAAGAGAUUUUUUUUUUUUAAACAAUAAAAGUGGAGGAAUGACAUGUUAUUAUAAAAGUAUGGGUAUAUAUAAAAAUAUUAAUAUUAAGGAUCCUAAUAAUAAUAGUAAUAUAAAAUAUGGAAUUAUGAGAAAGAAAGGAAAAAAUAUAUUUAAUAAUAUGAUGAAUAAUUAUACACAUAAAAAAUGCUUUAGGUCCCAUUUAUUUGAUCCAAAGAAAAAUUCGAUCAUUGAUAAUAUAAAAGAUAAAUUCAACGAAUUGUUUAUGAAAAGGAUAGGUGAAAAUAAUAAUAAUAAUAAUAAUAAUAAUAAUAAAAGUAAUAAUAAUGAUAAUAAUAAUAAUAAGAAUCAUAAUCAUAAGAGUAACAAUGUGUCAUCGUUAAAAGAUUUAUUUAAUAUUUUAAAAAAAGAAAGAAAAUAUUUAGGGUUUGCUAUGUUUUGCCUAAUUGCAUCUUCCUUAGGACAAAUGAUAUUCCCAAUGUGCAUAAGUAAAAUUAUUAAUAUGUAUGGUGGGAAAGAAGAAUCUUUAAAAUAUUUAACAAAUGAAAUUUAUAAAACUGUCUUAUUAAUUAUAGGUAUAUCUACAUUCAGUUUCUUUAGAAUAUAUUUUAUAGAAACAUCUAUUGAAAAAAUAACAAGAAGAUUAAGAACCCAUUUUUUUGAAAAAGUAUUAAAUCAAGAUGUACAUUUUUUUAAUAAACAAAAAACAGGAGAAUUAAUAAAUAGAUUAUCUAAUGAUAUAGAAAUAUCGUCUAAAUUUUUAAUACAUUUAUCAUUUGGUAUAAGGAAUUUUAUAUCAGCUUUGAUAGGUGGGAUAUGUGCCUUACAUAUAUCUCCAAGGAAUUUAUUCCAAUCUUUUCUAUUACCUGUGUCUGGUUGUUUAUUAAUAGGUACAACAUAUGCUAAAUUUGUAAAAAAGAUAAGUGUUUUAAAACAAGAAAAACUUAGUUCAUGUAUUGAUUUUGCUUCAGAAAAAAUUCAUAAUAUUAGUAACGUACGUUUAUUAAAUGGUGAGUCCUAUGAAAAAAAAGAAUUUAUAAAUUAUUUAGAAGACGUAUAUAAAAUAGGAAAAAAACAUUCAUUAGUAAAAUCAGGGAAUCAUUUUUUAUUUUUUAGUAUUAUCUCCUUAUUUUUAUUACAUUUAAUAUAUUAUGGUAAUUAUUUAAUAGCACAUAAAUUUAUAAAUACAGGAGACUUAUUUUCACUAAUAAUGUAUUCCUUGUUUUGUGGUAGUGGCAUACAAGGAAUGAUGCAUGCCAUUGGAGAUAUUCAAAAAUGUUUAGGUUCCUGUUCAAAAGUCUUACAAAUAAUAAAAUUGCCUGAUAAUAAUUUUCAUAAUUAUUGGAAUAAAACAUCAAUUGAUUUUUUAAAAAGUAAUAACUUCUCAAUCACAUUUCAUAAUGUUUCUUUUUCAUACGACAAUACAAAAGAUAAUAUAAAUGCAAAUAUAAAUAAUGAGCGUAAUAAAAAAUUCGCCUUGAAAAAUGUAUCAUUCUUUUUACCUCAUAACAAAUCUGUUGCUAUUGUUGGAAAAAGUGGUAGUGGAAAAACAACCAUUUUGAAUUUACUCACCAAAAAAAAUGACCUGAACGCGUCAGGCGAAAUUUGUGUGGGAAACGUUCCAAUAAAUAAAAUAAAUUCUGCGGUGUUACGAUCUAUUGUGGGUGUUAUUACUCAGGACCCCUUUUUGUUUAACUUGACUGUGCGUGAGAAUUUGAUGUAUCCUUAUAAAGCAUAUGAGGAGAUGUUAAAAGAGCAGAUAAGAUUGAUAGAACAAAAUCAAGGAGCGUUUAUAAAUAUGAUAAAUAAUGAAAAUACAAAAAAAGAAAAAAACGAUGAUGAUAAUACAAUUAAUACAUAUGACAGUGAACAAGAUAUUAAUAAAAAUGAUAUGAAGAAUACAUAUGAAAUAUAUACUUUUUUAUUAAAAGAAUUACAAAAGGUACAAGAAGAAAUAAAGAAUAAUUUAUCUUCUGAUAAAAUGAAAAAUAUUUAUAAUGAUUUACAUAUUGAUGAAUUUUUAAAAAAUCAUUUUAAUUAUGACAACAUGAAUGUUGGUGUUAAUGGUACAUCCUUAUCAGGUGGACAAAAACAAAGAAUAUAUUUGGCACAAAAUUUAAUUAAAAAUAAUAAAAUAUUAAUAUUAGAUGAACCUACAUCUUCUCUAGAUAAACUAUCUGAAAAUAUUAUAAACAAAGCAUUAAUUAAAUAUAUGAAGGAUAAAACAACUAUUAUAUUUACACAUAGGUUAGACUUAUUGAAUUAUGUUGAUUAUAUAGGAGUAAUAGAAGAGGGCCAAAUAAUACAAUUCGAUAAAAGGCAAAGUGUAUUGCAAAAACCGUGUCCAAUAUUAAAGAAAAUACUUACACAAGGUGUGAGUGAAUAA